AGCGAACGUCUGAUACAUUUCCUAUAGAAAGAGAAAGGAGCCAAAAUGAAGGAAAGUGUGGCAUCCACCGUUGUUUUCCUUUUGCUACUUUUUCUCAACACCGGUCUUCUGAAUGGACAAUCACCUCCUGGAAAACCUGUGAUCUCUAAAUGUCGUUCUCCUGAAAAGGAAACAUUCACCUGCUGGUGGAAACCUGGGGAAGAUGGAGGACUUCCCACUAAUUACACGCUGACGUAUCACAAGGAAGGAGAAACAACUACACAUGAAUGUCCAGAUUACAUAACCAGUGGCCCCAAUUCCUGUUACUUCAACAAGAAGCACACCUCCAUAUGGACGAUGUACAUCAUCACAAUAAAUGCCACAAACCAGAUGGGAAGCAGUUCCUCGGAUCCACGUUAUGUGGACGUGACUUACAUAGUUGAACCAGACCCUCCUGUGAACCUAACUUUGGAAUUAAAACAGCCAGAAGACAAAAAAACAUACCUGUGGAUGAAAUGGUACCCACCCACCCUGGUUGAUGUUAGAUCUGGUUGGCUCACACUCCAGUAUGAAAUUCGGUUAAAACCCGAGAAAGCUACUGAGUGGGAGACUCAUUUUGCUGGACAGCAGACUCAGUUUAAGAUUCUCAGCUUAUACCCAGGACAGAAAUACCUUGUCCAGGUUCGCUGCAAGCCAGACCAUGGAUUCUGGAGUGAGUGGAGCCCAGAGAGCUCUAUCCAGAUACCUAAUGACGUCACCAUGAAAGAUACCAUUGUGUGGAUCUUUGUGGCCGUUCUCUCCGCAGUCAUCUGUCUGAUUAUGGUCGCAGCCGUGGCUCUGAAAGGCCAUAGCAUGGUCACCUGCAUCCUUCCACCAGUUCCUGGGCCAAAAAUAAAGGGAUUUGAUACUCAUCUGCUGGAGAAGGGCAAGUCUGAAGAACUGCUGAGUGCCCUGGGGUGCCAAGACUUCCCUCCCAUUUCCGACUGUGAGGACUUGCUGGUGGAGUUUUUGGAAGUGGAUGACAGCGAGGACCAGCAGCUGAUGCCGACCCAUUCAAAAGAACACCCGGGGCAAGAUAAUAAGCCCACAUCCCUGGAUCCAGACAGUGACUCUGGCCGAGGCAGCUGCGACAGCCCUUCCCUUUUGUCUAAAAAGUGUGAGGAAGCCCGGGCAAAUCCCUCCACAUUUAACACUCCUGAGGGCAUCGAGAAGCCAGAGAAUCCCCAAACAAAGGUUACCCGCAGUCAGGACGCCCAGAGCGCACGCUUAGAAGGCAAAAUCCCCUAUUUCCCUGCUGACGGCUCCAAAUCUUCAACAUGGCCUUUACCACAACCCCCUAGCCAACACAGCCCCAGAUCUUCUUACCACAACAUCGCUGACAUGUGUAAGCUGGCCCUGGGCGUGACGGGGACAUCAGCCAUCUUGUUGGACAAAACAGACACACAAGCUUUAAGAUCUUCAAAAACCACCAAGACUGGAGGGGAGGAAAAGGCAGCUGAGCAGAAGGAAGUGGAAAGCUUCCAUUCCAAGACUGACCAAGGCACAGCAUGGCUGUUGCCCCAGGAGAAAACCCCUUUUAUCUCUGUGAAACCCUUGGAUUACGUGGAGAUUCACAAGGUUAACAAAGACGGAGCACUAUCACUGCUCCCAAAACAGAAAGAGAACAGCCACCAGACAGAGAAGUCCGGUACUUGUGAAGGCAGUAAGGAGUAUGCCAAGGUGUCCCGGGUGAUGGAUAACAACAUCCUGGUAUUGGUGCAGGAUCCGCGAGCUCAGAACCUGGCUACUUUUGAAGAACCAGCCAAGGAGGCUCCACCAUCUCUUCAGCAGAAUCCAGCCAGAGAAGACCUGGCCUCCUUCUCCUCAGCCCCAAGCAGCUGUGGACUCCAGCUGGGUAACACUACAAAGUACGGGAAAUGCACCCUACUAGAGAAUGCUGGAGAAUGUGGUUAG